CUACCAUGCGGUCGACCUGACAGUUGUGAAUGACUUGUGAAGAAUCUAAAACUGAUCAGUGGAACGCUUUUCACGUUAUAGUUUAUAAUCGAAAGACAAACUGUCAAAAAUAGAUCAAAAUCCCAGGAAAAGAAGGCACACGCCAGAGGUGUGCACAGAGACCGAAUGCAAGAACAAGUCUGCAAUGGCCUCAAGUACAGAGAACACCGAUACUGACGGAGCACAAGUCCAAGAAAACAAAGACACACUCAAGACAAGACAAGAACCGACUGCUUCCCUAAAUCUGUCAAAACGCAAAAAAGAAAUCGAAAAUCAACGAGAGGGACAUCCAGAACUGAAAGAAAUUGAUAUGGAUGUAGAGUUUUUGCAAACUGACACAGACUUAAAAAUCCUCUUGAACAUUGAUCUCAAACCAGAACAGUUAAAUGGUGUGGACCCAACCAUUACAGACACUGACGCCCAUUUGAAGUUCCCAGAUGGACAGACAUGGUCUUGUAACUUUUUCCGACAUGUACAAGGAGAUUCUUGCAGGCUCUACUUCAAAAACAGGCAGCUUGUUUUGCAUGCAAAGAAAAAAGAAGCUGGACAUUGGGUGUCUUAUAUGAUUCCAAAUAGCAUACCUGAUGAAGAUGUAAGAGACAACAGGAAAGCUGAGGAGAAGCUUGAUUUGGAGAUCCCAGGCAAUAGCUCUGAUAAUGCAGAAUCACCACAGGAAGAGAAAGGAGCCAAGGAAACCAUGGGCAAGUCGUCACCCUCCGAGGACACCACAAAUAUAAACAGCUCAGCUUAUCAGCUACAACACACCAAACAUGACUGGAUUGAAAAGGAAAAUCUCAUUGUGGUACACAUAUAUGUAAAGGAAGCCAGGAGAGAUGGUAUACAGAUUUACUUUGAUGUGCAGACACUGUCAGUUUUAUUCCAGACCUCGAACUCAAAAUUUUUACAACUGCAUGCAGGUACUGAUGAAAAUACUAUUUUCAGCUGGGAGGUCAAGUUGAAAAAUGAAAUUGAUCCAUCAAAGUCAAAGUUCCGUAUCACUCAAACAAUGAUAGAAGUCUCAUUGAGUAAAAAGAUACCUCAGCGAUGGAACACUUUAGAAGCACCUCAGCGGAAAGAAACUGCUUUGUCUUCAAAAUCAGAUAGUUGGAUUUCCACUGGAAAAAUUCCCAGUUCUAGUGGACAAGAGGCAAAGGCAUGCUCUGGGAGCCAGUCUAGUGUGAUGUUCGAUGAGCUGUCUACAGUGUCCACAACCAAGAAAGGGGACUAUGCUGACAACAGGACUAUGGAGGCCUGUAAAGGGGCCACAGGCGUGUCACAACCAGUCCGAGACCUUAACUCACAGAAGCCUACAUGUAAAGUUUCACCAAUGAACAAAGCAAAGGAAAUGGAGCAAGUUGUCUCCCCUGGGAAUACAGGCCUGGACAAUCUGGGCAACACCUGCUUCAUGAACAGUGUUUUACAGUCCCUGGCCAACACCAGGGAGUUCCGGGACUUCUUCUACAGUGGUGCCUACCAGAAAGACAUAAACACAGAUAACCCUUUGGGCAGUGGAGGGAAAUUGGCAGUACAAUUUGCACAUCUACUCAAAGUGCUAUGGUCAGGAAAACACUACUCCUAUGCUCCGUCAAAACUCAAGAAUCUUGUUGCGAUGAAGGCCAGUCAGUUUACAGGAUUUGCACAACAUGAUGCUCAGGAAUUCAUGGCUUUUCUCUUGGAUGGUCUUCACGAGGACCUGAAUCGUGUGAAGGAGAAGCCCUACACAGAGACUGUAGACUCCGACGGCAAAUCAGAUGAGACUGUAGCCAGAGAGGCGUGGGAUGUGUAUAAGAAGAGAAAUGACUCGUUCAUUGUCGACCUGUUCCAAGGCCAGUACAAGUCAAAGUUAGUGUGCCCUGUCUGUGGUAAGGUAUCGAUAACCUUCGACCCUUUCCUGUACCUAUCUGUGCCAUUACCGAAGAAGAAGCGACAACUACCUGUGAUAUUUAUGUGGAGGGACCCAUACAAAAAACCUGUGCAGUUAUUGCUUUGGUUGGCAAAGGAGUGUACAACAGACAUGGUCAAAGAAGCGGCCUCAAAGAAAACGGGAGUUAAACCAAGAGAUAUGAGAAUUAUAGAGGCAUACAAGAGUAAAAUAUACAAGUAUUACAGCAGUGAGUCUGACUGGUCCAAUGUCCAAGCCAGUGAUAGCAUCAUAAUAGGUGAGGUAUUGUCAGAGGAAGUGGCUGGGGAACCGGUGUAUGAAGUUUAUGUUGUCCAGAGGACCAUCCUCCCUAACACAGCUCCUACACACUGUGCAUCCUGUAAACGACUGUGUCCUGAUGGAAGCAAGCUGAAGAGAUGUACAAAGUGUUACAAAGUCGGAUACUGUGAUAGGAAGUGUCAGAGGGACCACUGGAACCUUCACCGGACUAACUGUAAACCAACCCCAGAACCCGUCGGCUGUCCAUACAUCCUCAGUAUACCCGAGUCACGCACAACCUUCUCCAGGCUUUGUACGCUCAUGGAAGCUUCCGCCAGAUAUUCUGUGGAUGUAUUCCAACCCCCUGUCAAACCUGAUGCGUCCGGUAAACUCAGCAGCCAAUCCUCCACCUCCUCAAGUCUCAGUAGCAGCAGCAGCCAAUCAAGUGGCAGUAUGAACAGUUUAGAUAGCCAAUCAUCUAUCAGUAGUACAUGUACAAUCACAGCCGGUCAGGAUCAGACUGACUGUGGGGACACGGACUUGACUGCCUCAUCAUCUAGUGUGACGACAGGCGUUGAAAGUGGUGAGGAGAUGGCCGACAUCUCCCAAUAUCUCCAAGCAAAUGUGGAAGGGGAUCAUAUGAACAUCAACCCCACCGACACAGAUAUUCCACUCAAUCCAGGACAAUCGGACGAGAGUGUCAAUGAGAGGAAUCUACCGGAGUAUCCUUCCUUUAAGUUGCCUCAAUCAGAUUACGCUGACAUGACUCGAGAGGCAGAGAUAGGAGGGGAGGAGGAGGACAUGGAGGAUGGGCGUGGCUCCCGACCGACGCCCACUAAUUCCGUACUCGGUAUAAAAUCAGAUGAUAUGGAUAGAGUAUCACCUCUCUUCUUCAUCAAACCUGUCAACCAAGAAGGCCUUGGCAUAAAAGGACCCGACGGGGAAAGGCUUGAAGACAAAGGAGAUGUACCACUGGAUUUGUCCUACAGACAGUUUCUGUCUAUUGACUGGAAAAACAAUGACAAGUUCAGUCCAUAUGCACUAGUGCAAACCAAAGAACUGGACUGUGAGGAGGACCCCAGCAUGCAGGCUUCAGUGGAUGAAAACAGCAACAUCACCAUUACACAAUGUCUGGAUUUGUUCACGGAGCCCGAGGUCCUCAGUCCAGAGGAAGCCUGGUACUGUCCGCGGUGUAAGGAGCAUCGGGAGGCCACUAAACAAAUGUCCAUCUGGAGACUGCCCCAUACACUCAUCAUACAACUCAAACGCUUCUCCUUCAGAAACUUCAUCUGGCGGGACAAAAUUGACAAAAUGGUGGACUUUCCUGUUAGAGGAUUUGACCUGUCUCAGUUCUACAUCGGUGCCCAGCCGAAGAACGAGCCUCCGCCUGUGUAUGACCUGUAUGCUGUAGUAAACCAUUAUGGAGGCAUUCUGGGUGGUCACUACACGGCAUUCGUGAGGUGUGCAGACCUCACAGACUCUAGUAAGAAUGAUGUUGAUUGGCGAUUGUGUGACGACAGCAGAGUGUCUUCAGUAAGCAAUGAGAAAAACCAGGUAGUGACCAGGGGAGCCUACCUCCUGUUCUACAGGAGACGGGACACAUUCUCAAUCCCCAAGGAAAUGUCCUCCGGACAGGACACAGAAAACAAAGCAGAGGAAGAAACUCCACAAACAGACCCCUCCUUCUCAGGGGAGACAAACACUGUAGACAAUACUAUAGGAAUAGACUCAACAGAUUCAGGGAACACCGCAGCCAGUGGUAAUGUCACAGAGGCCACGCCCCUCCUGGACAACCGAUACUCCGAUCCCAAGAAUGGUGACACUUACCCAGAGGACAGUGAUAAGGAGAACGUAGACUGUGACGGGGAACAAACUGGCGUACAGGAAAAUACCUACCGGCCCCCUGUAGAUCUGGGCUACAUGGACAUGGAGGCUGUCGACUAGCUGUGAUGUCGUAUAGAUGUUGCCUUGGUUAUAUGUGAGGGGCAUUUGAAUGUGGUGUGUUUCUAAGUUAAGACUAAGUUAUCUGUAGAGUAUUAUAAGAUUGAGAAGUGGCGUACAAGUUGUAUGUGUAUGUUUGAGUUAUUUAGUUUUGAUAUAUUUCGACUAAACAGAUAGUUGUUUGAUAUAAUGUUGUAUAUCUUUAAGCAUGUUCUUGCGCGACACCAUGGUUAGAACAAAAGUGUGAUAAUGAUGCAUUAGGUGGAUGUUGUUUUAAUCUUGGAAAGGAGUCUUGUUUUAUUGUGAUACCUAUUCCUUAAAGUCGUCAAGUUUAUUACUUUAAAGAUUGUCUUUUGUAUUAAUGCUAAUAUAGAUCAAAUUAAUAAAAUUUCAGCUGGAAAAAAUAUUUAUCAAUAUUUACAUCCUUUUUACUCUCCUAGUCUUGGUAGAGAACCCUUGUGAUUUAUGUGAUAUUUAUUUCAAUUUUCAAAGUUUGCUCAGAUUUACAAAAUCUGUGGGAAAAUACCAGUUCUCCUAUGAACCGUACAAGGUGUAAUACCCUCAAUAAUAGUUGGUGCAUUAUUGUGAUACUGGGAACAAAACCUAGCACAUAUUUUACAUGGAACCUAUGGCAGGAUAUGAAAUAUAACAAUAUUGUGUACAGUGAAACUGUCGCAGAAAACUGAAAGAUACCUUGCACUGAAAAACUGUCGCAGAUGACAUGACAGUGCUGUCAAAAGAAUUAAAGCAUACCAAUACUUAAUACUUCGAAACUGUCACGGGGGAAAAAUAACAAAACAAUGCUUUGUACAGGAAAAUCGUCCAAGGUAAGAAAACAUACGGGGAAAGUAACGCAGGACAUCACACAACAAAACAUGUACUAUGGAUUGUGAAACCGAAAGAAAACAUUACAAUACUGUGCACAGUGAAACUAUCACAAGAGUGUUACUUUGACAGUUUUUGCCGAAGAAAGAUUCCAUGAAUUCAACACAAAAGCUAACAUCACUAGUAAAGUAACACUACAUAUAAACAACAUGGGAGCAUCAAAAAGGCUGUCUACAGUCGGUACGCUGACUUGUCUCAUAGUAAAUCUACAGUACUUUGAUGAGAAAUGUUCUCAGUCGUAUUGAAAUAACGAAUUCACCUAAACAUGCACUAGCAGGUCGUAUGACUCCACUGUCUUAUUACCCAAAGUCUCUUAAAUAGGGUUCAAAUCUUCCUUUAUACUCCAGUGGUUACGCUCACUUACGCUCUCUGCACCCCUGGAAUAUGUCAUGGAGAUUGUGAUGGGAUAAGGAUACAACUCCCUACUACAGAGCAUGCUGUCUUUAACGAGGAACAGAAACAUUUAGAUUAAUGUUGAGAUAUGGAAACUGAUGAUUUUGAAAAAGAGGAAAUAUAAUAAAAUUUGAAUGUAAGACAAAAAUGUACCACUUACAACUAGAUAGUAGAAACGGUUGUGAGAUUUGUUUUGUUUGUAGUAUAUACUGUGAUCUCAAUACCUCUACUGUUAUACUAUUUUUUCACGAGAUGUUCUUAUUUAUAUGAUGUGAUAUUUUGAGAGGACAUGACAUACUUACACUGUUCUAUUCCCCAUCGCAUAGAGCGGAAAACAUGUAUGUAAUGCUAUGAUGUAAUAACAAGCGACUGUACAUUAUGUAAAUUUAUAGUCCCAACAAAGUUAACAUUAGAUUUGGAGUUCAUGAGUUAAAAGGCCGAGGUUUUUUCAUGGCCUCCCAAUUUUCCUAAUUUUCCUGAAAUCCUUGAUAAAUAGAUAUAGCAAUGUAGAACAUUUUAGCAAAUUAAAAAAAGGAAAACUAGAGACAAAAAUUGUACAAAUGGUGGGGUUGACACCCCAGGGGGCUGAGGGGCGGGGCCAAAAAGGGUAAUUUGGCUAUUUGGCUUUUAGCGACCUUCUCUGGACCUCAGCAAUGGAUAUCAACUAUAUUUUGUUGUAAGCAUUCCUUCAUGGUGGGGAUUAACUAUUGUACAAAUGGUGGGGCUGACUCCCCGGGCUAAGGGGAUGGGGCCAAAACUAGUUUAUUACUUGGAAAUGGUUGAGAUCCCCACCCCAAAACUAUAUAUACAAAUGCUGGGCAUGAAGAGACGAAUGCAGUCAUAAUAUGCUACAAGGAUUGGCCUUGAGGUCUGGCCCUAUCCCUGGAAUCUUAUUCGGAGAAUAUUUUUCCAUGAUAGCUUAGAUAUCCAGGUGAGUGAUACAGGCCCUCUUGUCUAGGCUUCACAUACUAAAUUUAGGAAAGUAUUGAAAAGUCACUUUAACUAAAUCUGAAUAGAUCUAUCUAAAAAGUUACAAUUUUUCUGUCAAACUUUUACUUGAAUAUUAAAUUACCAGGUAAAUGGAUGCCUUUUCUUAAAUAGUUCUAAGCCUAACAAUGGUAUUAAGCUGCUCACUCUUGGCUUACAUUUGAAGUGAAGACAGCAGUUCAUUAUAUAUAACAUGUGUAAGAAUGUAGACCUCUCCAUUCAAAUUAAAUAAUGAAAUAACGUUUAAAGAUGAUGAGUUUGAUAAAAUCUUAAAACAUUCAGACAGAUUUGUUGGGGAUGACAUGCCAGUUGUCUCCCCUGCUUUAUUUCUAGAUUUUUGUCUGAAAGAUAAUAGAUUCUUUCACCGUUACAAUUGGUCCACAGACUUUGAAGAAACUUUUAUUGUAAUUUGUUUGGAAAAAAAUCGAUUCGAUGUACCUCUUGUUAUAUAUGAACCAAUGUAAUUUUGUUACCAACUUCAAUUCCUCUUUUACGUGUGAUAUGUGAAUAAAACGCUUUACAUCGUC